UUAUUGUACUGCUUUUAAUCUGAAUUCAAUUCUAUGUUAGUACUGUUAUUUAGUUUGUUCUAAAAACAAAAACCCUAACAUUUCAUUUAGGUAUUUGAAAUGAAAACCAGUUUUUGCUACUAUUUAGUUUCUUCCCGUAGUGGGUAUAGAGUUUAAAUGAAUGUUCUUGUGGACAGAAUAUAGUUUUUAUCAUGGGUUUGAAAAAUAAAAAACUGCAGAAGGGGAAAAAGAACAGUUUGAGUGGUGCAGCAGCAACAGCAACAGAAGCAGGAGAAGAUAGGAUUACCAACUUACCUGACUGCCUUAUUCAUCAUAUACUUUCUUUCCUUCAACUCAAGUAUAUUGUUCGCACUAGCAUAUUAUCUAAAAGAUGGAAUUGCAUUUUCACAUCUAUCCCCAUCAUUGAUUUUUCGGGGUUAGAAGAAAUGAGACCCAAAAUGUUUAUGGACAUUGUGGACAAGAUAUUGCAUCUUCAUGAUAUGUCGAAGAUAGAUAAAUUUUGUCUAGAUUAUUCUGACUACUUGAGACCAUCUAAAGUUAACUUAUGGAUCUAUGCUGCAAUAAAGCGUAAUAUUGAAAAGUUCGAUCUUACAUUGGUUCAAGAAGGAGGAGGACCUAUUCAUAUCCCGUUAUCUCUUUUUACUUGUGAGUCAUUAAUUACUUUGAAGCUAGAUAUAUGUACUCGGAUGUAUCUUCCAAAAUAUAUAUCUUGUCCAAGACUCAAGCACCUUCAACUUUGUGAAGUCGAUUUUAGCGACAAGUACAAUAGUGAGCAACUCUUUUCCAAUUGCCCCGUCCUGGAAGAGUUAGUGCUGCAAGAUUGUGACUGGUGGGGCAUGAGGAAUUUCUGUAUUUCAGCACCUGCACUGAAAAUUUUGAAAAUUUGGGGUGUUAUCGAUCACAGUAGAUGGUAUAAUCCAUAUCGUUUACAAGGUUGUGCUCUAAAAGUUGAUGCUCCAAAUCUGGUAUCUCUCAGCUAUAAAUGUGGUCUUGCAAAGGAAUAUGUUGCAUCUAGCUUUCAGACACUUGUUGACGCAGAUCUUGACUUCAACUUUGUCAAAUAUGCUUGUGAUGCGACAAGGAGGGUAUUAUGAUAGGUCUUGGUGCAGUUGCAAGUAGUUUUCUUCAAGCGCUUUCACAUGUAAAGCGUCUAUCGAUUUCUGAUCGAGUCCUACAGGUUCUGUCCUGUGCAGAAGAUCUCAAAAACCAUUUGCCUACCUUUCAUCAUUUGAAACAGCUGAACGCGGAACGUGAAGCAAGUACUGAUGAAGCACUAAUUGCUUUGCUCAAAUCAGCACCUAAUCUGGAGUCCCUUGUUCUU